AAAAUUUUUAAAAUAGUUUCCAAGUUCUAUAACAUUUCAUAUUCAACAAUAUUAUAAUGAAUUUGAUAAUUACAAUUGUCUUUUUAAUUUGUACAUAUCAGAUAUGUUUAUCAUCGAAUAUUAAUGUCGACUCUAAUUUAGAAAAUUUACAAAAGGACAUUAAAAAACUCAGUUUAAGAAUCGAAGAUUUGAAUGAUGUCAUAGUACAGUCAUUGCCAAAUAAAUUUAGCCGAAUAGAAUUUAAUAUUUACAAUAACUUUAGAUUUAAGGAUAUCUUGAAAAUCGAAAAAAUGAAGAGGGAUAAUAAUAUCAGCAAUAUUGAAAAUAUCAAUGGACCAUUGAAAUCAUGUCUUGAAAAUAGUACAAAAAUAUGGAGAGAACGUUACUUGACAAUUGAGAAAAAUUUAGAAGAUUGCCUAGCGACUGCUAAAAAUGAACAUUAUACGAUUUCCAUUAAAUCGUAUUACGAUUCUUUUAUUAAUAAUGCCAAUAAUUUGGAAUCACAAGUGCAAACUGUUUAUUCAAACUAUGAAAAGAAGAAUUACACUGAAAUUUUGACAAAUGGAACUUCUAUUAAAGAAUUAAAAAGUACCGAAUUAAAUAUUCGAAUUGAUGGUCUUAGAGAUAUUUCAAAUAAUUUAAUUAGAUUGCUAGCUAAUACACACGAUAUGAUGUUAAUAGAAAGUCAACACUGUAAUUUUACUGUUCAGCAGAAAUUACAAGAGGAAUGGCCUAAAAGUUCAGAGGAAAUAAAAUAUUGUUUUUCUAAUUUUACAUUAUAAAACACCUAAAGGAAAAAAUGAAAAUUCAAUUUUUUUUUUAAACAAAAUUUGUUAUUUUAUAUCUUCUUAUUUUUUAUUAUCUUCGUAAUGAAGAAAAAAAUGAAUAUCUUUAUUAAUGAAUAAUAU